AUGGCCCAAGCCUUAAAUUAUACUAAUAUAGCUUUUUUCAGAGUGGCAUUUUUGUUUACGAUUGCCUUCUUUUGUGUAAAGAAUGUUAAUUCAAUUUUGCAGAACACAUACUUCUUAGUCUUAACGCAAGCAAUGAAUUUACCUGAAUUAACAUUAUCACGUUACAAUGGUCAAUUGGGCCUUUUCGCUAUUCUAUUUGUGCUUAAUGGUAUCCAUGAUCUGAUUCCACUACUAGAGAACAAUGUCAAAUAUUUCCAAUCUAUCGUCCCAGUUAGAUUACUAAUUUUCUUCAUUUUAACAGGUACUUCAUACCUUUGGGAGUCAAAUUUUUAUAUCCACAAUAACUCUGUUUUCAUUUACUGUUUUGCAGAAGUUUGGAUAAAUUUCCUGUUAUAUAAUGCUGUUAGGGAGGAGAAAAACGAAGAAUUCAAAAGAUUGAAUCAAUUUGUGGUUAAUGAAGAGGAUAUUGAGGAACCUCAGCCAUUUAUCGUGAAAACUGAAACCACGGAAAUCAUCGAGAUAACCAAUGAUGAUGAUGAUGAAGAUGAGAGCGACGAAGAUCGUGGUGAUGAAGGUGACAAAGAGUGA